CUAUUUCUCAGUGCAGCGGUGGCAGCUGGGGGACCGGGGCCUUUUGUUUGGAGCAGCUGCAGGGGGUGGGCCCCCGGUGGGCCCCAGGAACGGCGAGACCGGCGGCCUUGCCCAGCUCGCUCGGUCCUGGCCGCCCCUCCCAGGGGUUGGGGGGCCACCCCCUGGGCCGGCCUCGCCCCAAGCGCCACCGUCCCGCCCUAGGCCCGCCCGCCCUAGGCCCCGCCCGGCCAGCUAAAGGGGAAGAACUGGCUGGGCCUCCUCGCAGGGCCUAGCCACCUCCGGAGUCGCAGCCACCACCACCAUCACCACCACCACCCUCGGUGCACCGAACCCCAGGCUGCCCCUCGCCCCUCAGGCCGUCGCCAUGAAGAUCAAGGAUGCCAAGAAACCCUCUUUCCCAUGGUUUGGCAUGGACAUUGGGGGAACUCUAGUAAAACUCUCAUAUUUUGAACCGAUUGAUAUCACAGCAGAGGAAGAACAAGAAGAAGUUGAGAGCUUGAAAAGUAUCCGGAAAUAUUUGACUUCUAAUGUAGCAUACGGAUCCACAGGUAUCCGGGAUGUACACCUUGAACUGAAGGAUUUAACACUUUUUGGCCGAAGAGGGAACCUACACUUUAUCAGAUUUCCAACCCAGGACCUGCCUACUUUUAUCCAAAUGGGAAGAGAUAAAAACUUCUCCACAUUACACACGGUGCUAUGUGCUACAGGAGGUGGUGCUUACAAGUUUGAAAAAGAUUUUCGCACAAUUGGAAACCUCCACCUGCACAAACUGGAUGAACUUGACUGUCUUGUAAAGGGCUUGCUGUAUAUAGAUUCUGUCAGUUUCAAUGGACAAGCAGAGUGCUAUUAUUUUGCUAAUGCCUCAGAACCUGAGAGAUGCCAAAAGAUGCCUUUUAACCUGGAUGACCCCUAUCCAUUGCUGGUAGUGAAUAUUGGCUCGGGUGUCAGUGUUCUAGCAGUCCAUUCCAAAGACAACUAUAAACGAGUGACUGGGACAAGCCUUGGAGGAGGUACCUUUCUGGGCUUAUGCAGUUUAUUGACUGGCUGUGAAAGUUUUGAAGAGGCUCUUGAAAUGGCAUCCAAAGGUGACAGCACCAAUGCUGACAAGCUGGUCCGUGAUAUUUAUGGAGGAGAUUAUGAAAGGUUUGGCCUGCCAGGUUGGGCUGUAGCAUCUAGUUUUGGCAACAUGAUUUAUAAGGAGAAGCGAGAAUCUGUUAGUAAAGAAGAUCUAGCAAGAGCUACUUUAGUUACUAUCACCAAUAACAUUGGUUCUGUGGCACGAAUGUGUGCUGUUAACGAGAAAAUAAACAGAGUUGUCUUUGUGGGAAACUUUUUACGAGUCAAUACACUCUCGAUGAAACUUCUGGCAUAUGCACUGGAUUACUGGUCGAAAGGACAACUGAAAGCAUUGUUUCUAGAGCAUGAGGGAUACUUUGGAGCAGUCGGUGCACUUCUCGGGCUGCCAAAUUUCAGCUAAAGCUUCAGGUUUAUCUCUGAUAAUAAAUGUCAUCCAAGAGGAACUGAAAACCAGAGGCAUAAUUGCUGCAUUAUUUGUCACUGGAAACGCAGGAUAAAAGACUAGCACUAUUCCUGUUGCUUUUUAAAUGUCAAAAUGGUAAGCUGCUAAAUGUUGCCAUAGUAACAGCAAGAACUCGGUAGCAGGUGAAGUAUUUCUAAUUGAAAUGCUUUCCCUUUUGUAUAUAGCCAGUGUUAAAUCCUUUAAUGCAGUACAGCCUCUGAUUACUGAGCUUUCUCUCAAAAAGAUUUUCUAUUUAUUUUAUGUAGCCAACAUUGCAGUACUGUAUGCUCAAACAAAUCUUAAAAGGCUCAGAAAUGUUUAGCUCAUAAAAACAAUUAAUUCUGAAUAUUUGUUACAAGUCUGUUCUAUGUUUUGGGUAUUAGUAAGCAGACAGUAACAUACCCUGUAUCAAAAUUAAUUGAAAUGGCAAUCAAAGAUGAUGAUUUUUAUGUGAUUUUAGAAAUGUCAAGGCAAUACUAAUUAUUCAUUGUUGUUUUCCUAACAUAACCCCCCCAAAAAAAGCAUGUUUAUGUAAUCUUUGCCCAGAAGUAUCUUUUUAAAAGAAGUACAACCUUUUUUAAAUGCCAUAAUUGAAUUGAAAUAUUAGCCUGAAUUUUAAAUGAAUCUUAGAAAAUGCACAUAUUUGGUGACAUAGCACUUUCUAUAUUUUAUUAGUUAAUCGAUACAUUUACAGUAGUGAAUAUUUUAUAAUUGGAAGCUUAAUUAUUUAUUUGAAAGUCCUAUGAUGAGGUCCCAAAGACUAUUCUAAUGAAGUAUGGCUUGCAUGCAUUGGGGAGUUCUUUCUGUACCACAUUUAUCUCAGGCCCAGACCCAGUCCUUUCUGUCUAAUUAGAUCUGAACCAUCAAAGCUAAAGACUUAAUUCUAUUAUGAACAGCAACAAAAUCACAUUUAUUCUAAAUUGAUGUUAUAGAAGUCAGAGUUUUUUUGAAACUGGAAUUCAGAGGCCGUACUGCAGAAUCAUAAAAGGAUCAGUGUUUUGUACAUCCUGGUAAUAAAAGAAUUAUAAUUCCUAAAUUUACUGUAAAUCCCUUUGCCUUAGAAUUUGUUCUCUGUUUUGAAUCAUUUUUAUAAUGCUGUAAACCUUCUCAGAUUUUUACUUUGGCAGUAACAUUUGUUAGAGACUAUAUAGCUCAUGGUUCUUAUGAAGUAGAGAGGCUUGGGGAAACUAAUCACCUCCUUAAGUUACCAUAAGUCUGGAUGUGCUCUGAAGAACUUACAGCUGUUUACAUUACGGAGAAGUAUCGCGAUGCUUCCACAGAACACAGUUUUGCUCCAUGGAGAACAGUUUUUACUAGACUAUCAAGAGGUGCUUCCAGUUUUCAGGAUCUGUGCUCAAAUACUUACAAUUCGGUUUUCUCUUAUUUAAAGACAUUAACAUGGGAGUAAUAGGGAAUAUGUAGAGAAAAUAUGUCAACAUAAUCUUGCAGAAUUUUAAAUAUUGAGACCUUUGGAUUCAUGUCAAUCAGUAGACAUUUUGAAAACCUAUGGCCAAACGUUUCUUCUUUCAUGUUUUCAUUGUAAUGGCGAGAUAUUUCAGCCAAAAGCCGCCUAUUUAAUUUAUUUUAAAAGUUUGUGAUUUGGGCGUUGGUACAAAAAGUUUUAAUUCUGAAUAUUUUAAAAGACCCUAAAUUCAAAUUAUAUUUCUGUGGCAAAUGGUACAUUAGCAGCCAUAGGCUUAGGUGGAAAGAAAUGGAAUGAUCAAAGUCUCUAUAAGUUAGUUUGAUCAAUAUUUUGUUUAAUUUGGAACUAUGAUUCCUACUAUCUGUCCUCAAGAACUGCAGGUACUUACUAACACAUAUGUAAAGGGGAGUGCCAUCUCACCACUCUGCACAUGGCUUUUCUCCUGUGUGAUCUAGAAUUAUUGGAAAUAUAAGAAUACAGAAUUGUGAUGAAGGCUAACCAAGAUUCUACUUUUGUAUUAUGACCUCAAAGAAUUCUACGUGAGAAUACAAUGGUCCACAGAUUUGGUUAUAAUCCCACUCAAUAUAAUGCCUCAACAUUUUGUGUUCUCGAACAGCGUUAAUAGAAAUAAAAUGUGAGGCACGUGAAAUUUUACAUUUCCCAGUAGGCACAUUUAAAGUAAAAAGAAACGGGUGAAAUUCAUUUUCAUUAUAUAUUUCAAUUUAUAUCUGACAUGCUAUCAUUUCAACAUCUAAUCAAAGUCACUUAGAUAUUUUACGUUUUGGUCUUUUACAUUGGGUAUUCAAAACCAGUUUGUAUUUUAACACUAGGUUUCCAAUUCUCAGUAGCCACAUUCAGGUAGUGGCUGCUGUAUUAAUGUAGUUUUAAAGCUAGCUCUUAAAAUUUGGCUUUUAAAAGAAUGUUUGAGAGGGAGAAAUAUGGGAUUUUAAUUUUUAAAAACAAAGGAUAGGAAGUAUCAUAGCUCAUUUGGGUAGUUUAUUUUAUACAGACAAGCUGUAUUUCUGACCAUUCCAUACCUUACGUUGCAUCCCACCCAUCGUAGUGGCUCUGUGUUACUGAUAAAGUGCCCAGGACACAUUCUGACUGCCCUAAGCACUCUCCAAAGUGUGUAUUUCCUACACUGAAGCAAAUUUGAUGAUUCCAGUGACUUAAAUGUCCCCCCAUCUUAUCUAAUUUAAUUUUGAGAAGCCAAUUUUAAAGAAUUAAAGAGAGGCCCUAUUCUUUGUUGAGUCGUGUACACAUAAGAGAAUUUUUAAUUUUUAGAUUUAAUUUUCAUUUUUAAAAACGAUAACAUUUUCAAGUGCAAGAAUACUAUCAACUUAUUUUGAGGUUUAGUAAAGAACACAAGGUCUAGAACUUGCCUUUUAACUAGAGAAUUUUAGAACUAAGCCUUUCAGUUCCAUACCCCAGCUUCCCAAGACACAGUGUUGGUAGAAUUGCCUGCCUGUCAACACUGGCAGUUCCUUGUUCAGCUACUUUAUUUAAAUACGUGGACUCAGUGUAGGAAAAGUCAAUGCUGUUGCCAAUAAAAUACAUGGUAAUUGACAGGCCUUUAGGAAGUUCAGAAUAUUUGCCAAAUAUUAAGCUGCAAAGGUUCCUGAGUUUUUUGCCUUUGUGUGCAAAUGUGAUUGCUGUGUUAUCAGUUCUGGUUUCUGAAGGUUUCAUUUCUGUAAGCGAAAGGAUGCAGCUCAGAGGAAAGUUUUUCCUCUGUGUCCAGCGGUACUUUUGCCUUCUAAGAGUAGUUCAUCACUCUUAGUCUCAUCUUGAUUUCUUUCUUUUUUUAAUAUGUUUUUAUUGAUUUCAGAGAGGGAGAGAAAGAAGCAUCAGUGAUAAGCAAGAAUCAUUGAUGGGCUGUCUCCUGCACGUCCCCUACUGGGGAUUGAGCCUGCAACCCAGGCACAUUCCUGCCGGGAGUUGAACUGUGAUCUCCUGGUUCAUAGGUUGAUGCUCAACCACUGGGCCACACCGGCCGGGCUCGCCUUGAUUUUUAAGGCCGCAUUCUUGGAUGGAAAGUUUAGCAAAGCCGUAGCUUCUAAAUGUCCUUUGUAACCAAUCUGUAUUAUAUAGAAUUUUUUUCAUAUUUUUUUAGUGUAUCAUUUUUUUUCUGGUUGAGCACUUAAUGCUUUUUAACCUAUCGCAUUUGAGAAUGUAGUUUAGAAAAAGACUGAAAGAAUAAUCACCAG